AUGCUAUUUUUCAAGGGUCUUCUUCCAAAGUCCUUUAAAAACUUCAAGAUUAAAAUUAAAACUAAAAUUGUUACUACUCCUCCUCAACCAUAUUACUAUUCCUCACCACCACCACCCAAGAAAUCACCUCCUCCACCAUAUUACUACUCUUCUCCGCCACCACCAGUAAAGUCACCUCCAACUCCAUAUUACUACACCUCCCCACCACCACCAAAGAAGUCGCCUCUCCCACCAUACUACUACACUUCACCACCACCACCUACUCAUUACUAUCCUCCACAUCAUUAUAUGGUGGUCGAGGUUGUCGGAAAGGUAUACUGUUUUAGAUGCUAUGAUUCAAAAUAUCCAGAAAAGUCUCAUGGCAAGAAACACCUGAAAGGUGCUGUUGUUGAAAUAACUUGCAAGGCUGGUGACAAGAAAAUUGUGAGUUAUGGUACCACAAAGAUCAACGGCAAAUUCAGCAUUACUGUUAAAGGAUUUGAAUAUGGCAAAUAUGGAGCAAAGGCUUGCAAGGCUAAACUCCACAGUGCUCCAAAAAAUUCAAAUUGUGACAUUCCUACAAACCUCCAUUGGGGAGUAAAUGGUGCUAACCUAAAAGUGAAGUCAAAGAACUAUUAUGAAGUUGUACUUUAUGCAAAACCAUUCGCUUAUGGCUCUAAGACACCUUAUGCGAAAUGCAUAAAACCUAAGCCUACACCUGCUCCAUACUACUACAAAUCUCCUCCACCUUCAUCACCAACUUAUAUUUAUAAGUCACCACCUCCUCCAUCACCAGCAUAUGUUUAUAAGUCACCACCUCCCCCAACCCGAACAUACAUUUACAAAUCUCCGCCACCACCAACUAAGUCUCCAUCAUCUCAUUAUUAUAAGUCUCCACCUCCACCAUCACCUAAAUCUGCACCU